CGGUUGCCAGGGCGACGGGAGCUUCCAAGAGCCGCUGGUACUGGCAAUUAGCGACUCCAGAAAGAGUUCCCGGCGGCGGGCCUUGGCGGCUGGGGUCGUGCCCUCGGGCCUCCAGGAUGUUCUUUUAUCUGAGCAAGAGAAUCGCCAUUCCCAAUAACGUGAAGCUGAAAUGUAUCUCUUGGAACAAGGACCAAGGAUUCAUCGCGUGUGGGGGCGAAGAUGGAUUACUGAAGGUGUUGAAGUUAGAGGCACAGACGGAUGAUGCAAAAUUGAGGGGUCUUGCAGCUCCUAAUAACCUUUCUAUGAAUCAGAAUCUUGAUGGUCAUAGUGGUUGUGUUCAAGUCGUCACAUGGAAUGAACAAUAUCAGAAGUUGACUACCAGUGAUCAAAAUGGGCUUAUCAUUGUUUGGAUGUUUUAUAAAGGCUCUUGGUAUGAGGAAAUGAUCAACAAUAGAAAUAAAUCCGUGGUUCGCAGCAUGAGCUGGACUGCAGAUGGACAGAAGAUCUGCAUUGUGUAUGAAGACGGGGCUGUGAUAGUCGGUUCAGUGGAUGGGAAUCGCAUUUGGGGAAAAGACUUGAAGGGUGUACAGUUAUGGCAUGUAGCAUGGUCUGCAGAUGGUAAAGCCUUACUUUUUGGAAUGGCAAAUGGAGAAAUACACAUUUAUGAUAGUCAAGGGAAUUUUAUAAUGAAAAUGAAGCUGAACUGUUUGGUGAACGUCACUGGCGCCAUCAGUAUUGCUGGAAUUCACUGGUACCACGGCACCGAAGGCUACGUGGAGCCCGACUGCCCCUGCCUCGCUGUUUGUUUUGACAAUGGGCGGUGCCAAAUAAUGAGACACGAGAAUGACCAAAACCCUGUUCUCAUCGACACGAACAUGUGCGUGGUCAGUAUCCAGUGGAACCACACGGGCAGCGUGCUGGCGGUGGCGGGCACCCAGAAGGCCGGCCUGCAGGACAGAGAUGUCAACAUCGUGCAGUUCUACAACCCAUUCGGGGAGUCUCUAGGUACUUUGAGGGUUGCUGGAAAGCAGAUAUCUGCACUGUCUUGGGAAGGAGGUGGAUUGAAAAUUGCACUAGCUGUUGACUGUUUUAUAUAUUUUGCAAAUAUUCGACCUGAUUAUAAGUGGGGAUAUUGCUUAAAUACUAUAGUUUAUGCUUAUACCAGACCUGAUCGCCCAGAGUACUGUGUUAUAUUUUGGGAUACGAAAAACAAUGAGAAAUACGUUAAAUAUGUGAAGAGUCUCAUUUCUAUUACUACCUGUGGAGAUUUCUGCAUUUUGGCUACGAAAGCUGAUGAAAAUCUUCCUCAGGAGGAGUGCGAGACGGAAACGUGUGGUGCAACGUUUGUGCUAGUUCUUUGUAAUUCUAUUGGUACACCCUUGGAUCCCAAAUACAUUGAUAUUGUUCCACUAUUUGUUGCAAUGACCAAAACCCAUGUGAUAGCAGCUUCAAAAGAAGCAUUUUAUAUCUGGCAAUACCGUGUGUCAAAGAAGCUCACAGCGUUGGAAAUCAAUCAGAUGACACGGUCUCGGAAAGAAGGGAGAGAAAGAAUCUAUCAUAUUGAUGAUAGUCCCUCUGGAUCAGUGGAUGGAGUGCUUGAUUAUAAUAAAGCCAUUCAAGGCACAAGGGAUCCAAUUUGUGCUUUAACUGCAUCUGAUAAGACAUUGAUUGUGGGUCGUGAAUCUGGCGCCAUUCAGAGAUACAGUCUUCCUAAUGUUGGUUUGAUUCAAAAAUAUUCCCUUAAUUGUCGAGCCAACCAGUUAUCGCUGAACUGCAACUCUAGCCGUCUUGCCAUCAUAGACAACUCAGGAGUCCUAACCUUCUUUGACUUGGAUGCACGGGUAACAGACAGUACGGGGCAGCAAGUCAUUGGCGAGCUGCUGAAAUUGGAGCGGAAAGAUGUCUGGGAUAUGAAGUGGGCCAGAGAUAAUCCUGAUUUGUUUGCAAUGAUGGAGAAAACAAGAAUGUAUGUUUUCAGAAACUUGGAUCCUGAGGAACCCAUUCAGACUUCUGGAUAUAUUUGCAACUUUGAGGAUUUAGAAAUUAAAUCUGUGUUAUUGGACGAGAUAUUAAAGAAUCCAGAACAUCCCAACAAGGAUUACAUAAUUAACUUUGAGAUUCGGUCCCUGCGAGAUAGCCGAGCGCUGAUUGAGAAGGUGGGAAUUGAAGAUGCGUCUCAGUUCAUAGAGGACAACCCGCACCCCCGACUUUGGCGCCUGCUGGCUGAAGCGGCUCUCCAGAAGCUGGAUUUGCACGCGGCAGAGCAAGCGUUUGUGCACUGCAAAGAUUACCAGGGGAUCAAGUUUGUGAAGCGCCUGGGCCACCUGCAGAGCGAGGCCAUGAAGCAGGCGGAAGUGGCUGCCUACUUCGGCAGCUUCGAGGAGGCCGAGAAGAUGUAUCUUGACAUGGACAGAAGAGAUCUUGCUAUUGGCCUCCGGCUGAAGUUGGGAGAUUGGUUUAGAGUACUCCAGCUCCUGAAAACUGGGUCUGGUGACGCAGACGACAGUCUCCUUGAGCAAGCCCACAAUGCCAUCGGAGACUACUUUGCUGACCGACAGAAGUGGUUGAAUGCUGUACAAUAUUACGUACAAGGCCAAAACCAGGAACGCUUAGCUGAGUGUUAUUACAUGUUAGAAGAUUGUGAGGGAUUGGAGAAUCUUGCCAAUUCACUUCCAGAAAACCAUAAGUUGCUUCCAGAAAUAGCACAAAUGUUUGUGAGAGUUGGAAUGUGUGAACAAGCAGUGACUGCAUUUUUGAAAUGUAAUCAACCAAAGGCAGCAGUAGAUACCUGUGUGCAUCUCAACCAAUGGAACAAAGCUGUUGAAUUGGCUAAAAAUCAUAAUAUGAAAGAAAUUGGAUCCCUGUUAGCGAGGUAUGCAGCUCACUUAUUGGAAAAGAAUAAAACUCUUGAUGCCAUCGAACUCUAUCGGAAAGCCAAUUACUUUUAUGAUGCUGCUAAAUUGAUGUUUAAGAUUGCUGAUGAAGAGGCGAAGAAAAGAACGAAACCUUUGUGUGUCAAGAAGCUGUAUGUACUGUCAGCCUUAUUGAUAGAGCAGUACCACGAGCAGAUGAAAAACGCUCAGCGAGGAAAAGUUAAAGGAAAGAGUUCGGAGGCCACUUCGGCGCUGGCUGGUUUGCUGGAGGAAGAGGUGCUGUCCACAACCAGUCGGCUCACAGAUAAUGCCUGGCGGGGCGCCGAGGCCUACCACUUCUUCAUCCUGGCGCAGAGGCAGCUCUAUGAGGGCUAUGCGGACAGUGCACUGAAGACAGCUCUUCACCUGCGAGACUAUGAAGACAUUAUCCCCGCCGUGGAGAUCUACUCUCUGCUGGCGCUCUGCGCUUGUGCCUGUGAAGCCUUUGGGACUUGUUCAAAAGCUUUUAUUAAACUAGAAUCGUUAGAGAGCCUCAGUCCCGAGCAGAAACAGCAAUAUGAAGACCUUGCCAUAGAAAUCUUCACCAAACAUACGCCAAAAGACAAUAGAAAAUCGGAAUUGGACAACCUUCUUAAAGGAGGGAAAGGGAAACUGCCAACAUGCGUUGCCACCGGCAGCCCCAUCACCGAGUACCAGUUCUGGAUGUGCAGUGUGUGCAAGCACUGCGUGCUGGCUCAGGAGAUCAGUAACUACAGCUUCUGUCCCUUAUGCCACAGCUCAGUGGCAUAAAGGAACGACGAGUCGUGUGUGACUGUAACACAUAGGAGCAUAUAUGCAUAGCUAUCACGGUGUACAUAAUAAGGUUGACUUCCAUACACUUUAUAUGAAAAUCAGCAUCUUUAUUUCAUAGUUGUAUUUUGACAUAAAAUUAUAUAUAAAUUACGCAUAUAUAUAAUAUCUAUAUUAUAUACACAUGUACAUAUUAUGUAUAUAAUUUUGUGUUAAAUUAUGACUAUGAAAUAAUGAUGCUGAUUGUCAUAUGAAACAUAUGGAAGUCAACCUUAUUUCAUGUCUGUCCAUCUAUCUAUCUAUCUUGUGGUUGGUUACAUGAUACUAUGGAAAUAUUCUGAAUAACAAAUUUUUUUCUCAUAGUGUCAAGAUUACUAAGUCACAGAAAAGUCUUGGCGAGGGCACAGAGGCAACAUGAGAGCGGGGCAAAGUUGUACCAGAGGAGGUUAAACAAUUUGCUUCAAGCCCAAAAUCAGCUAUUGACUCCUCAAGCCUUUCCUAACACAUCUAUUGGGGACUCUCUUUUGGGCCUUCUCACUUGCUACUAGUUCAACCAUGCCUGAGCGCUAGAAUUUUUCCUCCAGUUCAUUAUUUCAGAUAGAGCCUGAGUGGCUGUCUCUACUUCCUGUUCAGUUUAAUAUAGAAACCAACAUCUCUAAAUAACCUCUUGUAGACUUAAUUAUGUUGUUUGGGAUUUAUAGCUGUGAAAGUUUUAGUGAUCAGCCAUGUUUUGGGGACCUUGUCUGUCUUGAAAGUGGUAGGUACUAGAGGAAGGCCCACAGCAUGAGUUGACCCAACUGGUUUUAUUCAACAUGAAGGAUUUUUUCAGGAUAACAACAACAAACUCUCCCAUGGUGAAAGGGGCACAGGGAACAAAAUUGUCUAUAUAUGACAAAUACUUGGAGAGAAGUUGGAUAGAGGUAGUAUAUUAAAGAUAGUAUAGGAAACAGUUAUGUUCUGUUCUUGUAAUAAGUCCCUUUAAGUAAUGCUUUAUCAUAUAACUUGGUCUGAACUAUGUGAAGUUCAAAGUCGCAUGGUAAGCCAAUGUACUGAGAUGACAGAACCUACUGAUGAAGCUAAACAAGUAGGCACUGUGCCCAAAAGCAACAUAGCAUUGUCGACCCGCCUGCUGUCAAGCACGAGUACGACUGUAUUAGACAUUUUUUUCUAAAGUACACUUUGAAAUUAUAUUUUUGUAUUUCAGGGGCUGAUAUCUUUGGUUUUAUGUGGCAUUAAGUGAAAUAAUAUGAAAAUAAUAAAUAUUAAAGUAAAAAAAAUGAGUUAUCUUAAGUUUCCUUUAUUUAGAACUUAUGGAUAACAUGGUAUUUGUUUAAAUAUUUUCGUGGGGGUUGGUUAGGAGGCUGUUGGGCUGCAGAGUGGAUAAGGGAAGGAAGGGUCUGGAGGCCUAAUGCAUGUAUAAUAUCGCUUUUGCUGCCAAACAGGAGAAACUAUGACCACCACCGCCUAUUAGGGUACUAGGCAGAUGUCAGGUUAGAGUGCAGUACUCCUUAGAAGCCACACAGAGUUCUCAUUUAGAAAUGGGGGGGAGGGGACAAUUAUGUUACUAGACUUUUAAGAGAAAAUCAGGAGUAUUUAAUUUGAUGAUGAUAUAGCUCCAAGAUAUUACUACUGAGUUUCUAAAAUGCAAAUAGCAAUAUUAUGCUGCCCCCUUCUGUGUAUUCUUAUUAUUUUCUCAAUUCAGUUUAAAAAUAAUCACUAUACUAUUUAAAAUUGACAAGUGCUGGUGAGGAUACGGAGCAAUUGAAACCCUUAUAUGUUGCUGGUGGAAAUGCAAAACAGUACAUCAACUUCGGAAAAGUUGAGUUUUAGAUGUGCUCCAUAUAUAUUAUGGAAAUACAUGUUUACCUGUGUGUAUAUGUAUGAAUAUGUGUGUGUUGUUUUUAAAAAAUUAUUUCAUUUUUUGCUGCUCCAGUUAACAAAAUGGAAGUUUUAUUGAGGCCCCAGGGCCCGGGAGGCUCAGGUAGGCGGCCACCCUGUGGGGAAGGAGGAGCCUGAUUUGACUUUCUUUGUGGGGCACAGGUUGUUGGUGUGGCCACACUUCCUGUGGCAGUUGACAGCAUGGGGCUGCAGCAAGCAUAACACUGUCAGCAGAUCAUCCUGUUUUAGUUGUAUCUCUGGGUGAGCUGGCAGAGGGAAGGAAGGCUUGAUGAUGCCACUCUGCAGGCCAAGUACCCGUGUAGGUGGACUCUAUGGAAGACGGGCAUGAGUUGGAGGGAUAGCCACUGAACCUGGCCCCAGCACCGGUCACAGGGCAUGACCCUUUAGUGUCCUGUAGACCAGAGCUUCUCGUGUGAUGGGGACACCAUGUCAGAAUCCCGAGUGUGUUCUAUGAGUAGGUGGACACACCAGCCAGCCUGCCCCCCAGAAUCUUCAUCUCUGCAUCCCCCACUCUUAUCAGAUACAUGAUUCGAGAUAUUUUCUCCCUUCUCGGGGUUGUCUUUUUACUCUGCUGAUAGCCUUUUUAUUGUACAAAAGUUUCUAAUUUCCAUGAAGUCCAAUUUAUUUUUCCUUUUGUUGUCUGUGCCACUGGUGUCAUAUCCGAGGGUUUUUGUCUUGUUUUCAUCUAAGAAUUUUGUAUUUUCAGCUCCUAUAUUUAGGUUGUUAAUCCAUCUUGAGUUAAUUUUUAAAUAUGGUGUUAGGUUAGGAUCCAACUGCAUUCUUUUGCAUGCAGAUACUCAGUUUUCCCAGCACCAUUUAUUGAGAAGACUGCUGUAUGCCAGUGCCACCCUAUUUUGAUCACUGUAGUAGCUUUGUAGAAGAUUUUAAAUCAGGAAGCAUGAGUCCUUCAACUUUGUUCUUUUUCAAGAUUGUUUUGGCUACGUGGGAUCCCCUGAAAUUCCAUAUGGAUUUAGAAUGGAUUUUUCUAUUUCU